AUGGAGAAAAUAGAGAAUCAAGCCCAGAAGCUGAAAAGGCCAAAGAACUGGAACUUCUUGCAACAAGAGAGGAAAGGAGUGAAAGGAUUUAAAGACAGAAGCAACUUGGAUGAGGAGAAUGCUUUUGACAGGGAGCCUGUUCUGGUGUUUGACCACCCUCUCGGAACGUUUGUAUCUGCUUUCACCGUGUUGUGCGGAGCCCGGACCGACCUCCCCGACAGGCACAUGUGUUGUGUCUUCUGGCUGAACAUUGCUGCUGCUCUGAUUCAGAUCCUGACGGCCAUCGUGAUGGUUGGCUGGAUUAUGAGUAUAUUUUGGGGGAUGGACAUGGUCAUUCUCGCAAUUUCACAAGGCUACAAGGAACAGGGGAUCCCACAGCAGCUGUAGUGGCUGGGACAAGUAUGCUCAGAGAAACACGGCGAGAGAUUUCCUUGGGCAGCUGUGGGCCACGGACCUUUUCAUUACCCUUUGUCUUUCUUCUUCCUUUUUUUUUUUGUUUCCUUCUGUUUGAACCCGGUUCAUCUGCCCGUCCAGCGGAGCGGAGGUGCAGAGCAGCCGACGGAGACUUGCACUGAUGCCAUUGAGCAGCGGAGAUGGGGCAAGCACGGCGUGGGUUAGGACUGGCCCCAGCCAGCACUCGGUGGGCGGCCGAUGAGGAGGAGGACGGUGCUGGGAGGAGACAGACCCCUGGCGAAGGUGGCACCUGGGCAGGCAGCUGAGCCGGGGGAGCAGGAGAUGCUGCUUUCUCUCUCUUCCCAGGGGGAAGUAGCUGAAGAUGUUUUGCCUCCUUUUUAUGCUCACCGUUAAAGAAAACUGGCUGUGAACAUUAAAUGCCAAGGAGCUAUUAAUAGAUACAUGUACAGUAUGUAAAAGCAAACCAGUGGUACUUUUUCCUCACCCCGCGAGUCCAUCCUUGACUGCUUUGCGGUAGCGGAGGGCUCAGCCCAGCCUCCUCUACUGUCUGUAUAUAUAUAUGAUGCUCAAUGAAGCUCCGUCCCUGCAGAUGUCUUGAAAAACGUGCUUGCUGUAAAAUGUAUUGUAUUGCUGAACUGACUGGGGCCAUCCCCUGCUUCCAACCGCUGGCACCAUGUGAAGACCAGACCUCCCACCGUGUCCUGGGGAGACUUUAUCUAGCAAGGGACCGGUGCCCUGCAGCGCCUUGCCUCUAGGGUGGUGGGUGCAGCCACAUCCUGCCACAAGCUCCUAGUGUAAAACAAUACUGGGGGAGCCUCCAAAAAAAGAGACUUUUCAUCUCCUCCCCCUGAAAAGGACUUGCUGGCAGCGUCUCCGUGCUUUGAAAAUGAAUCCCCUUACAGCGCAGCGCGUGCUCCUGGCUGAAAUAGUGUCCGCGCUCCACUUCCCUGGGGGCCAAAUUAAUCACCGGGUGCUUUUACACCUUUUUCCGGAGCGCUGCAGAGGGAGGCCACCCACUCCGGGAUUCCCACCAACAUCGGAGCUGGACAACUUGCCUCCCACCGCUGCAAGCCGACCCCUGCCUCCUCGCCAGCGUGGCUGGAGGCCACAGCCAGAGAACGCUUGAUCUGGUCGAAGGUGCAUGGCACCAGGCUGUUCCAGUAUCAUCUGCUUUUUAAAUAUAGAUGUUCUAGAUGCAAGUUUUACAGCUGAAGAGCAAUAGCAGGUAACGAAGAAUAAAUGCAAAUGCUUCACUCCCAUCCACCGGCAACACAGUAUUUUCUGCUGCUCUUUCCUGAUUGUGAAAACCAGGUUUCUCAAAAAAAGGGCUUUAAUGAAAUAGUUCCUUGGUACUUGAACCCAGCCGGGCUGAACAGCUGGUUUACUACUCAGUGGAAAGCAAUUCCAGGUAGGAACCAAACCAAAUGUCUUUUUGAAAUUUGUGGCCAGUCGUAAACCAGUUUCAUUCUGGGUCAGCCCAACCGUUUCAAUGCAGAGCACGUUAAUGUUUUUUCUAAGUUCAUUGGUGUUGCCAAAACCGUAAUUACCAUGGAAAAGGUGCUAUGGCAGAUGACCCCUGCCCUCUCGGCCCUUUGCCCACCUGAUCGUGCUUGCUGCAGGGGCUCAGCCUUGCUCCCAGCCGUGGCACGCGUGCCUGGCAGUCGCAGCUGGGAAGGUCAGGGGGGCUUUGUGCCGAGAACGGCUCUGGCACGCAGCCGUGCGGUAGGGAGUGUUAGACGUGCGAGGUGCCUCCAUCUGUGCCGCAUCCUGUGCUUCCCGAGACACAAAGCCGCAUGUUCCUCCCUACGUGCAUUGACUGUCACACAUUUUAUUAAAGAUCUUUCAGUUCUGCUGGAAA